AUGCAUCCGCCCGUCGCACCGCAGCACGGCUCGUCGCACCCGCAGCAGCACGCGCAGCAGUACUCGCAGGCGGCGCAGCAGCACUAUGUGAAGAUCUGCGAGCUGCGCCCCGCGCCCGGGAACGUCGUCAACACCGUCUUUAUCCUCCUCGAGAAAUGUAAGCCCGCCUGCGCGCGCCUCAUCGCGCGCCGACCUCAGCUCCCGCUACGCGUCAAGAAUCUUCCUCCCCUCAGCCGUGUCCUUCUCUCCCCAGUGCUCACCGCCUUUCAAUAUCCCGCCUUUGUGCCGCUCGUCCCCUCGUCGCUCCAAGCAUGGUCAAAUCUGCUCCUCUGUCCCCACUCUCGUCCCACCCGUGCGAUGGACUCGUCCCUCCCGCAUGCCAUGCAUGCUGUGUGCUGUGUGCCCUGUGUGCCAAUACGCCAUGGCACAUGCCGUUCGUGCCAUGCAUGCCAUGCGACAGGGCCGGCGGUGCGGGUGAGCGAGGCGGGCGCGGUGGUGUGCACGGCGCUGGUGGCGGACGGCACGGCGGCGGUGCACAUGCAGCUGUGGGGCGCGGAGGUGGACGCGCUGCAGCCGGGGGACAUCGUGCGCCUCACCAGCGGCAUCUUCUCGUUCCACAAGUCGAACCUGGUGCUGCGUGCGGGCAAGAAGGGCGCUCUCGAGAAGAUCGGCGAGUUCACGAUGCUGUUUGUGGAGGCGCCCAACAUGAGUCGCCUGCAGUGGGCGCCUGACCCCGCCAACCCCAAGCACUGGGUCUGUCACUGCACGCCCUGCCCAUCCUCCCAUGCCGCCACGUGCAUGGCCUCAUGGGUCGCACUGCAUGCACACAGCCGUGCAUUGCGCAUGCUGCUCGCUGCUCUGCCAUGGGCGCGCCAUGGGCGCCUGUGA